UGCCGGGACCUGUUGAUCGCAGGUGUCACGGCCCGGCCAGGCCCGGGGUGCCUGCGUAUGCGCAUGCUCCGUGCGCAGGGUCGCGCUCUGGGCGGCGGAGUCCGGCCGCCGGUGCUCCAGUUCCCCGCGCGCGGCGGUGGCGGCGGUGGCCGGCGUGUCUGCCCGGUGCUGGCGCGAGGGAGAGGAGGGCGCCCUGCGGGAGAGGAAGGGCCGAGCGCAGUUCUGGGCUCUGGAAGGAAAAGCACGGCUGGUUCACAGGAUUGAAAAGGAGUCGCCAGUGCCGACGACACAAAGUGAACUUUUGGCUAAAUGGAUACUUAACUGCUCCCCAUGACCACACCGCGCCUGGAAGUGUGUUCUGAUCCAGCAAAGGACGGUAGAGUACCUCAUCCUUGCGUUAGGCACCACUCACUGCACUUGAUACACUCUUUUGUUGAGGCUUUAUACUGCAUCCUACAGGGAAGACAGAUAAUGAAGGGCAUCUGAAGAUGGUGCGGGUACUCUCAUCUGAAACGUCAGGAGAGCAGGAUGGGCCCCACGGGACGGGAGUGCCGCACAGGGCGCGUUCUCAGCACUGAGACACGGCGACCCCAAUGUCAAGAACUUGAUGUUCAUGCGCCCUGUUUCAGUGGACAAAGUCCUCCCAGUUUGCGGCCGCAGGAAAGCGAUGGACGCGGACGCUCUCGGAAUUGCCGGAGACUGCGGCGCAUCCCAGCGGACACGUCAGGAUAGCACCCGUUGCGGCGCCGUCUCCCGCGAGCACCCCCCGCUCACCCUCCACGCCCACAGAGCCGCGUGAGCAUGGCGUGGGUGAAGUUCCUGCGGAAGCCGGGCGGCGGCCUGGGGAAGGCCUACCAGCCGGGGAGCCUGCUAUCGCUGGCGCCCACCAAGGGGCUGCUCAACGCGCCGGGCCAGAACAGCUGCUUCCUCAACAGCGCCGUGCAGGUGCUGUGGCAGCUGGACAUAUUCCGGAGGAGCCUGCGGGCCCUGACGGGGCACGUCUGCCAGGGCGAGGCCUGCAUCUUCUGUGCGCUGAAGACCAUGUUUGCUCAGUUUCAACACAGCCGGGAAAAGGCCCUCCCGUCGGACAACGUGCGGCGCGCCCUGGCCGAGAGCUUCCGGGACGAGCAGCGGUUCCAGCUGGGCCUCAUGGACGACGCGGCCGAGUGCUUUGAAAAUAUCUUGGAGAGGAUCCACUUCCACAUCGUGCCCAGCCGGGACGCGGACAUGUGCACCUCCAAGUGCUGCGUCGCGCACCAGAAGUUUGCCAUGACGCUGUACGAGCAGUGCGUGUGUCGUAGCUGUGGGGCCUCAUCAGACCCUCUGCCUUUCACAGAAUUCGUGCGGUACAUUUCGACGACAGCCCUGUGCAACGAAGUUGGAAGAAUGACGGACAGGCAUGAGCGUGUGAGGCCCGAAAUGUUUGCGGAAUUGUUGCAAGCAGCGAACACCACGGAUGACUAUCGCAAGUGUCCCAGUAACUGUGGCCAGAAAAUAAAGAUCCGCCGCGUCCUGAUGAACUGCCCAGAGAUCGUCACCAUCGGCCUGGUCUGGGACUCCGAGCACUCGGACCUGACCAGCGACGUGGUUCGGAGUCUGGCAACGCAUCUCUCUCUCCCCGGGCUUUUUUACAGGGUUACUGAUGAAAAUGCCAAAAACAGUGAACUUCACCUCGUCGGUCUGAUCUGCUACACCAGCCGGCACUACUGUGCCUUCACAUUUCACACCAAGAGUUCCAAGUGGGUGUUUUUCGAUGACGCAAAUGUGAAAGAGGUGGGAACGAGAUGGAAGGACGUGGUCUCCAAGUGCCUCCGGUGCCACUUCCAGCCCCUGCUGCUGUUUUACGCCAACCCCGAAGGCACGGCGGUGUCCACCGAAGAUGCACUCAGGCAGGUCGUCAGCUGGCCACAUCAGAGACCCGGGGUGGAAAAUACGGGAUCUGAAAGGCCCUCGAUUUAUAAGUCAGAUAAUUCCAAAGAGAAUGGAUUUGGUGAUCAGGACAAACAGAGAGAAAAUCAGAAAUUUCAAACAGAUGACAUUUCAUCCUUCAGUCGGAGCCACAUCCCGGCGAGCAGUGGCCGAGGAGCAGCUAAGUCAGGACCCAGUGACGCCCGCGAGAAGAUGAAGGGCCUCUCCAGGGAGUGUGCCCUGAAGGCGCUGGAGCAGAGGCGCCUCCUGUGCUCGCAGAAGAGGGACGCGGGUCGGCACCGAGCGAUUGAUCUCACAGACUUUCGACACUCUGCUAGCAUGAGAGAUGUGCUGGAUGAGGACCUUCCACGCGUCAAGUCCAGAUCACCGCCUGCCCCAAACGGCUUCCGACAAUACGGCAGUCGCCCCGCGUCCCCCGGUCAGGGGCGGGGGCCGUGUGGCCAGGACCCACCCACCCAGAGCCGGGCGUCUGCGCAGGUCCCGCGUGCGGGGAGGCCCCAGGCUCCUGGUCUGGGGGUGCAGGGCGACAGCGGCCCUGGGUACGAGACAGACAGCAGCCUGGACUCUCGGGGUAAAGGCAGCAGCCGCCACAGCAGGAGCGGGAGCCGAGGCUGGAAGCCCAUGAGAGAGACCCUGAAUGUCGACAGUGUCCUCAGCGAGAGUGAGAAACGGCAGCACAGUCCACGGCACAGGCCGAGCGCCAGUCACACGCCCAGAUGCAGGGACCAGAGCCCCAGCAGCUGGCCCCAGGGGCCGCCGAAGCAGAAGUGCUUGAUGACCAUCUACGAGGAUGAAGCGAGGCCGGAGCUGGGCAGCAGGCGUUCCCCCGACGGCCCGGGGAAAGGCCUCACCGAGACGGGCCUCCCUGGUGACACCCGGCAGGGGCAGAGGACUGAGUCCGGCAGUGAGAGCAGCGACCACGUCAGCAGCGGCUCCGCCAGCCUGGACUCGCCGGGUGUGGACGGUGCCGGGACCGCGGAGCCCCCCAGAGACCAGAGUAAGACAAGCAACCAAAAUACAGAACGUGUGAACUGUGCCUCCCAGCAGAGUGAAAACCACCUGGAAGGCUGCAGAAAAGAAUUCAAGAACUUGGAAGUAGGCUGUAAGUCUCAUGACCCAGAAUCACAUCCACAAAUAAAAAACCCUGUGAUAAAAAGCAAAGCCUCAGCUCUCCAUCCUGCUGUAAUGCCCAUGAUAAAAAUGACCAGGUCCCGUGGACGCGACCCCAGCGGGAAGCUGCUCCCUGCGCCGGGGCCACACGUCCUCCGGGGCCUCCCAGCUGGUGAGCUCACCCUGUCGGGGGAGCAGAAGCCUGAACAGGCCAGCGAGUGCCAGUUUCCCGCGCGGCCAGAUGGAGGCAGCUCGGAGGGGGCAGGUGGGCUCUCUCACACCGAUGCCAGUCCUGCUUCUGGAAUGAGAACAAACAGCGAUGACUUUGCACCAGCCUCGGUGUGGCCCGCGCCCAGGAGAGCUGCGGGGCCCCCGCCCGCCCCUGCCCCCCUCGCCCGGCAGUGCACGGCCAUGGACCCGUGUUCCCCGGAGACCUCCCCACCCAGGGGGCGCGGGGCUCCGUCCCCUCGCAGAGCCGACGGUGGUCAGGUGCCAAAACUCAUUUGCCAGAAUCCACCACCCCCUUUGCCACCAAAAAGGUAUGCUGUGACCGGGGUGCCACAGCCAGGGAAAAACGGGCCUGCACCCGCGGCCAGGCUCCCAGAGGCGCCCAGCACUCGCUCGGCCGGUCCUUCGCCGCUCAGCACGGGGCCAGCAGAACCGGGCUCGGCAGUGAGCGCCCCUUCCCGGGACGAAAGGCUCAAGCAGACGGUCCACGUGAGAGAGCGCGUGGGCGCCGCCCGGAACCCCCCGGCUAGCUCAGCCAGCGGUGCCCAGGCGGGCCUGGGGGCAGGUGUGGCUCCCUCGUGCCAACCAGCAGACUGGAGUCCGGCCUGUCCCGGGGAGCCCGUCUGCCUCACCACCUACUUCUCCGUCGACAGCUGCAUGACCGACACGUACAGGCUCAAGUACCACCAGCGGCCCAAGCUCUGCCUCCCCGAGCGCUCUGGCUGCGGGAGCGAGAACCCGGCCCCUCCGGGCGCAGGAGGCCUGGGACCUGCAUCGCCGGACAGCCUCGGGGCAAGCUGCCCUCCUGAGCAAAGACACAAACCCAGUGUCCACUGUGAUAGAUGAGCCAGGACCCCGCCGCUCACGCUCAGAGGCCAUCACAGCAGGAGGGAGAUCGACGACCGAGCCUAGUGAGCAGGGAAAUGAGAACCCUGGUGUUUGUCAUUCGUCACUUUAGCUUUCUCUGUGUCCUUUUACCUCGAGACAAUCAACUCACUGGAUAUUUUAGAAAUCCCGUUGAGUAGUCUUGGCUUGCCUCGAAAAAUAGGGGCGUGCAGAAAGGCACUAAUGGUAUGCUGCGGUUGAAUAAAAACGGAUCUGUCCCUUUAUUUUGUGGUUGGUAGAACCCCGAGUGUGAGAGUCCCCAGAACCCUGUGCUAGCUGAAACGUGCCAGGGGAUGUGUGGCAGUAGGCAAAGCCAGCUGGGCUUUCUGAACAGGCACUUUCUCGUGAGGCCAAAGGCCACUUGGCCAGCCCGUGGGUUCCGACUUCUUAGACAAUACCAACCAUGAAAUUGAUAGCAUUUGGGGGAAAAGCCUUAAUGAUAAAGACAUUUUUAAAAUAAAUGUUUUAUUGAUUUCAGAGAGGAAGAGAGAGGUAAAUAGAAAUACAAACAUCAUGAUGAGAGAGAAUCAUUGAUCAGCUGCCUCCUGCACGCCCCACACUGGGGUUCGAGCCCGCAACCCAGGCCUAUGCCCUGACUGGGAAUCGAACCAUGACCUCCUGGUUCAUAGGUCGGUGCUCAACCACUGAGCCACACUGCUGGGCAAUAAAGAAAAUUAUAAAUUCAAUACUCAAGGUCAAAACAGGAGAAACUUAUUUUGCUCCUAGAACUUGCAUAUUCAGAAUGCCUAGUUAACAUCAGUUUGGCCUUUGACUGUUGUAUCAAUAAACAAUACUUCAGCCAGGUAAGCUAAAAAUAAUAAAAUACUUAGCUUUAGUAUAUUUAUUUAUCUUGUUACUUUUUUAAACGUUUGUAUGAAAUGUGAACGGCCUUUAUUUUGGUUUGGUCGCUGUGGGCUGCUAGUGACCAGUGUUGGAAGGUGACUAGUGCCUCCUGGGAACCUCAGUGGCCGCCUGGCUUCUCCCUGCUGUCAUCUCUUCCGUCUGUAGGUUGGCAACCUGUUUUGUUGACUUUCUGAUUCUUGUAUCUGAAAAUCCUUCUGGGACUUUAUUAGUUGUCAUUCUGUACUAACUGAGGAACCUAAUGGUGGCUCAGCUGAGUUUCACAUUGUCCACUCCCGAGAAUGAAGAACGACACGCUGAAAGCUUUUCUUGCCUUUGCCAGUGGGUAAAGUUUAUAGGUAGAACUUGAUCAUUUAUGAACUGAUUACUAAAUUUAAUACUUUGACCAAUUCCAUAAAUUAAAAUAUUCCAAAAUGUAAAUGGUUAAAAAUACUUCUAGACAAAUAGAAAGUAAUUGCUUACAAAAAUCUAACUUUACCCAGUUACCAAAUCUUAGAGUUGUCUUCCACCAAGAAGGCUUUUUAAUAGCCUUUUCUAACUACGAUAGUGAUUAUUACCUUCUCUUCAUUUAGAAAUACUUGAAUAUCAACUAAAUUACAUUUUAUCUUUUAAGAAAGCUUAUUUUUAACAUGACUUUGAGUAUGGAGCAUUUGUAAAUAUUGUAAACUUUGAAAUGUCAGUGUAUAUAAACAUUGCUUUUAUAACAUUGUAACAUACUAGAAAAUGGACUUCAUGUAUUUUUAAUAGCUUUCACAAACCUUUUGUGUAGGUUUUUAUUCUGGUCAAGAUGUUCAGUUGAGAUGUAUUAUUUGAAAUAGCUAAACUGAUUUCUGAUAUUUAACAGCCAUCUCAGAUUUGAAUUUACACUCACAGUUGAGUUCAGACAACUAGGAAUGUCCCCUUGGACUCCUGUUAGAGUGCUGUCGGCCAAAACAUCCCGAAUCAUGUAACAGCUUGAACAGGCUGGAAAUGACCGUUCGUCUUCAUGUGAGCCAACACUCCAAAUACAGUUUGAGUGCUUAUUUAGUAACUAAUAAUCCACAUCUAAAAUUUUUAUUUUUAGGGUGCCUAUUUAUUUUUAUAGGUGUUUUCUGCUUAUAAACUGAUAAUUUUGAAAUAAUGGAACCAAUUGUAAUGUUCAAAAUACUUGUCUUCCAAAUGUUCUAUUUUCAUGUGAAAUGAGUUUUUCCAGUUCAAUUUUUUUUUUUUUUUUAGAUAAACUGAUCUUUAAGUUGA